AUGAAAUCUUCGCUCAUUCUCUGGGAGGACCCCGAAACCCCCAAUUCUCAAGGCGAUUCCCCUAACCGUCGGUCCUUGAAGACCGAGGUCGGGAUAUUCGGUUCCGUGACGGCGGAAUUCGGCUCCGUCGGCGGCGAAAACCCGAAUUUCUUCUUCACUUCAAGUCCAAAUCAUGAGAUUAUUCCGUUCGGAGGUCGGAGGGGACGGUGGAGGAGAAUAGAAGGAAGGAGACAGCGAUGGCGAAGACCUAUUGCAAUUUGCUUUGCAGGGACUUCUAGUGAAAAGGUCACGAGGACUACCUGUUAUUCGAGGGCGCCCAUCUGCAAAACGAGCAAUACAUAUAUGUGGACAGCCUCGAUGGGUAUUCGUCUUGGUAUUUUCUGCAAUGAGUUUCUUUCUCUAGUUUGCUUCAUGUGGUAUUCUAAUGGUCUUAUGGGCCUUUGCUAUUGGACUUCUUGCCACUCUCAUUCACACAAGCUUUAGAACACCCAACUUGAAAGCUCACCUGAACACAUUCCGUGAAGAAUUCCGUGCCGUUUGGCGUAAUUAUAGUGAGCUGUAGCUUGUCUGUAGCAGAACACAUGACAGGUAAUUCAACAUAUAUCCAAUUAUGAUUGAUAAACCAUAUCACUUCAUCAUAUCCAUUUAUAUACAGUCCUUUUUGUUUUAGCUGGUGCCAGAUAGUCUUCAUCAUCUUCACCCUUUUUGGUUGCAUUACCUUCUGUAGUGUAAUUUUCACGGUGCUUCUGAAAAAUAAUCAGGGUGGGUUAUCAUGUUUAAGCCAGUUGGCUUGCCGAUACCCAUAUGGAAUUUGAGGCUCUUACUGAAGAUCGUCACUGAUACAUGUUUUCUGUAUAGUCUACCUUAUGUUGAGUACUAUUGAA